AAGCUGUGGUGAGGGGCAUGGCGUGGGGAUCCCAGGACCAUCUAUGAGCACCUCCUAACAGCAUGCCACCAGAUAGCUGAGUAAAGCUGAGCUGGACAAGUCCCCAAGAGUACAGUAUGCACUGGGAGAAAUCAACGUCUGCGGAGAGGGCUGGAAGCAAACCGUACCAGGGUGUGCGGGUCAAAGAUCCUGUGAAAGAGCUACUGAGGAGGAAGAGGGGAAGCGACAUCGCUAGUAGCAAACCUGCCCCAAGUACUGCGGUAGUGGUCCCAAACAAUGCAAAUGCUUUGUCAUCAUAUACACAGAUUGGGUCAUUGGGCUUUUCUGAGGCAGGAACUACUGCGGAAGAAAGGAUGAUAGUGGACGAUGGGACAUUGUGCUCAGGAUGGAUUGCACAACCAGCCGCUGCAACUUUGCAGCCUGUGACCCACUGGGCCAGCCCGGAAUUUCUGCCUGCUGAUCAUAAUGCUCCAGCCUACACCACUGAUGUGUACGUUCAGCCUGUUUGCCCCAGUUACACCGUGGUGGGCCCACCCUCCAUGCUGACGUACACCCACACGCCUCUCUUCACUAACUUUGGGACCAGACCCACAUCGUCCCAAGGCCUGCCACAGGUAGACCUCCUGGACUCUUCAGUAGCCUACCUGCCAUGGGCUCAGCCGCUGGCCACCUUCUCAGCACCUGCCAUGCAGUGCUCACCAUGCACGGCUCCCUUCCCCACUACCCAACUGCUCUCUGAGUCUGUGUCAGUGGAGGUGCCAGAGCCUGACCCAGAGCGGCUGGAAGACGCUCGCAAUGUUGUGGCCAGCCUGCCACUGGAGAAACUUCUGGAAGAGGAUGAUGAGAAAGACACGUACGUGACUGACCCCUCACUCUUUAUCCAGGAUGUCUGAAGGCCCUCAAUCUGUGUAUGCCUGUGUUUACUUUCAUCUUGUGGGAGCGUGUUGACACAGAUGUAACCACAAGGACACGAAAAUGG